AUGGUCCGACCUACUGUGGUACUGGCUGUUUGUCGAACUGUGAUGCAACAGCCCGGUGCGGCAAACAUGCUGCUAGCCCUGGCCAAGAAUGUCCUCUUAAUGCUUGCUGCAGUGAAUAUGGAUUUUGCGUGUUAUGAAUCAUGGAUGGCCCGGAAGAGCUUUCACAAAGUGACUCCCACCGACCUGCUGUUGGAUGCACUGACGCAUAUAAACUUCCCGUUUGCGUACAUCGAUCCAGACUUGUACCAAAUCGUAACAAUGGACAGUGACACACCUUCCACCCUGUUCCAGGACACUACGAACGUAAAGUCAAUCAAGUCUGAUAUUGAGGUCUUCGUGAGCGUCGGUGGCUGGACCUUCUCCGACAACAGCACCGCCACGCAGCCUGUCUAUGGCAAAAUCGCGGCGGAUGCGACAAAGAGACAGACAUUCGCGGACAACGUCGUGCAUUUCCUGAAGCAGUUGGGCUUCGAUGGACUCGAUAUCGACUGGGAGCAUCCGAAUGCCGGCGACCGAGGCGGCAGCCCUGAGGACACGGAGAACUAUGGGCUCUUUCUCAAGGCCCUGCGCGAGACCUUCGAUGCCAGCAGAAGUAAUUUUGGUCUGACUUUUACGGCCCCUUCAUCCUACUGGUAUUUGCGCUGGUUUGAUCUGCCGAAUAUGAUUAAAUAUGCGGACUGGAUCAACAUCAUGACUUACGAUAUACACGGCGUGUGCGACUCGACGGAUCCUAUUGGAAUUAAGCUCGCAGCUGAUCUUUUCUGGCGAGUGAACAUUCCGCCAGAGAAGCUUGUAAUGGGCUUUGGCUUUUAUGGACGCUCAUUUACCCUAGCUGAUAAGUCGUGCACAACGCCUGGGUGUCCGUUCAAGGAUGCUUCAAGCCCCGGUUGUUGCUCGGACACAGGUGGUAUACUAGCUUAUUAUGAGGUCAUGGACGUUUUGAACGGCGCCAGCACAUCGUCAAAACGGUCGACUAUUACACCCGUACAUGACAAGACAGACGCGGUUAAUUAUUUCACCUUUGACGGCGAUCAGUGGGUUUCCUACGACGAUGCGACUACAUUUGCACAGAAGGUCGCGUGGGUGAAUGAGGUCGGAAUUGGCGGUGCCAUGAUCUGGGCUUCUGAUUUACGGCGUGUUGAUAAGGCAUUGUCCAACCCCCAGUCCGUCAUCCAGAGCUUGGCCAGUUUCAACGGACAGAAUUGCUUCAAAUAUGACGAAAAGUGCACCGACGCUGGAUGCGGCAAGAAGAGCUGUCACUGCAGAAAACCUGUCUGCUGUCGAACGAGCAGCGCACCCAAGAACUGCAUGUGGCGUGGUGAUAACACCGGGGAUACGGGCGUAAGCUCGGAUUGCAAUGCGUAG